GCAAGAAGCUAAAGAAGGCAGAAACCCAUGACCGGAGUGCUCCAGUAAUUGAUACGCCCAAGGGAGGAGGAGAAGGUGGUGGUGGUGGUGGUGGCGGAGGAAGAGGAGCUGUUUCAACUGGGAGCUCUCAGGCUGGGUCGACAAUGGGAGGAGGAGCGCCUCAAUUAGCGGGGCUGUUUGCUGGUGGAAUGCCAAAGUUGAAGCCAGCUGGACAGAACCAUCUUGCAAAGCCACCGACAUUGGGUAAGCCGCCGUCCAUUCCGAAACGAGAUGUGCCCAGUCCAGUGCCGCCAGCACGCCCCGUACCGACACCCGCCGCUCCCAAAGCACCUGCCCGACCCACUCCGACUCUUCCCGCAAGGACAGUUCCCACGCCUCCUCGCAGAAUACCCUCCCCGCCAUCGAGUGCACCGCCCCCGCCCCGUCGGGUGCCAUCACCGCCAACGAGCGCACGCCCGCCUCUCCGCCUUCCACCAGCUGCCCAUUCCCCUGCAAGUCCUCCCGCCCCACCAGCACGCCCGACUCCUUCACUCCCGCCACGCAUGGGGUCACCAACGGCCCGCCCUCCCUCCAUUGCCAGACCACCGCCUGCGAUCCCCCCUAGAGGCAGUUCACAGCUUGGCCAGUCUCCCAGCAGACGUGCUCCCACUCCCCCGACUCUUCCCGGUCGCGCACCACCUCCACCGCCUCCUAGACCGUCGAGUACCGGGCCGCCCACCACGUCUGGACGCGUCGCACCUCCGCCUCCAUCAAGGAAGCCUCCGCCAGCAGUCGGUCACGCUCCGCCAGCACCUCUCCAACGCGUCCGUGCUGUGUCAGAAGCUCAGCCUCAGCCGCCGUCCCUGCCGCCGUCGCGUCCUGGUGGUCUGUCACCCCCUACUGCACCCAGAUUAAGGACCACGUCAGCCGGUGGCGCACUACCUCCUCCCAGACCACCCGGCGGCCUCACUAAUGGAUCUACAAGAAAAAUACCCUCCCCGCCUGCCAGUGCUGGACCACAUACAUUCCCCGUUGGUGACUUUCCACCGCCUCGUCCUUUCCAAGCAUCUGUGAAACAGUAUCCGAGUGGUAGACAGAAAGGCUGUGACUUUGACUUAACUACACUGUAAAUCUACAUACAUGUUUGAAUCAAUAAUGUGAUCCAUCCGCACGGCCUCAUUAUUCGGCCCCGUUCC